AUGUCUUGGGGAGUUCCAGCUGGUGGUGACGAUUGGGGAAGUGGCGGGGCUGUUGCUACCAAUGGCGGCGGCGGUGGUGAUUGGGACACUCCUGCGGUUGGCUCCUCUGAGAAAUAUGGAGGUGAUGCCUUUAAUGAUGGUGCCGAAGCGGAGAACGAUUAUGGUUACGGUGGUGGAGAGGAAACUGGAGAUGGUGGUGGUGGCUUUAGUGGUGCAUGCUUCAAUUGUGGUCAAGAAGGCCAUUCGAAGGCCGAAUGCCCAGAACCUCCAAAGGCACGCCCAUGCUUUAAUUGUAGCGAAGAAGGUCAUACAAAGGCCGAGUGCACCAAUCCAGCAGUUCCCCGCGAAUUUAGUGGUACUUGUCGCAUCUGUGAGCAACAAGGUCAUCGUGCUUCUGAUUGCCCUUCUGCUCCACCUAAGCUUUGUAAUAACUGCAAGGAGGAAGGCCAUUCAAUCCUUGAGUGCAAGAAUCCUCGCAAGAUCGAGCGCAACGAUGUCGAAGAUGUCGCAGCUGAAGUUGCUUGGGAAAAUUUGAUCAAGCAAUCUCAAGAAGGCGACUUCGAUGACAUGAAGGAUGAGGUUAUGAAGUACAUCAAAGCAUCUCCAGAUGCUACCUAUGUGCAACUGGAAAAGGCUUUCCGUAGUCAGAAUAUUCCCAUCUAUCUUAUUGCAACGGAGAAGGAACUCACUCAGACCUUCACCAACAUGGACUUGCAAGGCAACCUGGACCGAAAGUACACUAUUUCUUGGCGCAAAUCAAGCAAGCAUAGUCGUCCCAAGGAGAAGGAAAAUUGGCCAGCUACUCCAGAGGAGAACUUGGAACGCCUUGCCGAUGCUGGCGAACCCGUUGAUCGUGGUGUUCCUCUUUGUUCCCGCUGCAGCGAACUCGGACAUAUCUCGAAGCACUGCACUCAGGAGGUAGGUGAGAGUGAACGUGUUCAAGUUCAGUGUUUCAACUGUAGUGAAAUUGGUCAUCGCGUUCGUGAUUGCCCAAUCCCUCGUGAGGAUAAGUUCGCCUGUCGCAACUGCAAGAAGUCUGGUCAUAGUUCUAAGGAUUGCACGGGGCCACGUUCUGCUGAGGGUGUUGAAUGCAAGAAAUGUAAUGAGAUUGGCCAUUUCUCUCGUGACUGCCCUACCGGUGGUGGUGGCGAUGGCGGUGUUUGUAGAAACUGCAAUCAACCUGGUCAUCACUCCAAGGAAUGUACCAAUGAGCGAGUUAUCAUCUGUCGCAACUGUGAUGCAGAGGGUCAUACCGGCAAGGAGUGCCCAAAGCCUCGUGACUAUUCUCGUGUUCAAUGCCAGAACUGCAAGCAGAUGGGUCACACCAAGGUUCGUUGCAAAGAGCCAAUUGUCGAAGACGACGCCGGCAAUGGCGAAGUGGCGGCUGAUGCUGGUGAUUAUGGUAACGGUGUUGCAGCUAACGAUGAGUACGCUUCUCUCGCUACUGCCAACGAUGAUAGCUGGGGUGGUGGCCGUGGCCAAGAGGUUACAUCCGGUGGUGGUUGGUAG